UGUGCCCGAAGCCGACAGCUGAAUACUUAAUGUUUAUUGUCAAAGAGAUACUGCUUGGUUAGAUGUAAAUAUAGUUAAAGUAUGGAAAUAGUAUUUAUUUUUAUGGUUAAAUUUGGACCUAAGAAAGUAUGACACUACAAUAGUUUAUGACUUAUAAAUUUGCUAAGUAAGGAAUUAAGAAAAAUGAUCAAAAUAUCAGCAUUAAACGGAAACAAAGAUACAGAAGAAGAAAAUGAUUCAGAAAUACAGAUUUCAGAAGAAGCAUUACUACAGAUUGCAUCCCAGCAAUAUGCUAAAGCCCUUGAACUGCAGAGGAAAGGGUGCCUGGAUGAGGCAACCCAGUUAUUAAAGGAAUUGUUGGAAACCGAGCUUCUAGAUAAUGUUAAAAUACCUGGCCCUGGUGAGGUUCCAUCCGGGCCACUUAAUAAAUUAAAGUAUCUCUGCUAUAAGAAUCUUGCAUAUAUGUUACAAGAGGCCGGUGACAUAGAGUCGGCCAUUGAAUGCUAUAGCGAUGCCUCGGAUUUUGAUGAUACUGAUGUCACUUUGUGGUACAGAAUGGGCUUAUUAUGCAUGCAAGCUAAGCAAUACGAAAAAGCUUUACUGGCAUUCCAACACGGCUGUCGAAGGAAUCCACAACACUGGUUGUGCCUAGACAACAUCGUUAAACUUCUAUUGGGAUUAAAUUACAGAGAACAGUGUAUAAUCACCAUCCAUGAAGCACUCCAACUUGAUCCUGGAUAUCUGAGAGGAAUUGUGUAUCGGAGACAUAUAUACACAGUUUAUAAAUAUAUGAGGAAAUACAUGGAAGAUUUGAAUCCUAUAUAUAAAUGGAAUGAAGACUUGGACGGUCCCAUUGACGAAGCAUUAGCUGGCAAGUUAUUAAAGGAAGCUGAAGAUAUCUAUGAGUCAUUUGUCGAACAGCGGAGAGGGGAUAAUUUUGUUCAUGUAGUACCUCGUAUAAAGCUAAAGAAGUCCAUAGCAAAGGAAACUUGGGAAGCCGUCGGGGAAUCAUUGGUCCACAUGCACCAAUAUCAAACAGAACAUUGUCUCAGCCAUGCUUGUUUUAUAGACAUCAGUAGUCAGACAGAGAAUACAGAAGAAUGUAUGGAAGUUUGUGAGGAAGAAGAUCAAUUGAAAUCAGCGGAGACUAAAUUAAAAGGCAACACUGCUGAUACCGAAAAAGUCAUGGAGACUGUGUCAGAGAAUGAAAAUAAUGAUUUAUUAGAUAAAGACAAAGCCAUGACGGACAGCGAGAAAGUGGAAAGUGAUAUUGAAAUGGUGGCUUCGGAAUCAGCAACAGAAAAUAAUAUAGAGGACAAAUCAAAUAAGAAGAAUUCGGUUAGACGGAGAGGAAGUGCAUUGAGCUUUUUGCAUCCAUGGGAAUGGUUCACACGAGGGUCUGUAAGAAAAAAGACGGGCAAUAUUGUUGAUAUUUUACGAAAAAUGGUACCGCCUCACUUAAAACUCGAGACGGCACGAAAGAUAGAGAAUCAAACUAAAGAAAGUUCACCAGACAUAUCAGAUCUCGACAAACUCUUUCCUGACGUGUCCAUGAAUAGAGAUGAAGAGAAAUUAACCAAUGAAACCGAAUAUUUCGGGAGUGAGGCUGAAGAGACGGACGUGAGGGCUUAUAUAAAGUUAUUCACAGAAAAUAGUAAAGAUAUUAUCGACAUGUUGCAUGAUUAUUUAAAAAUAUUAAGUGAUAAGUGGAACCUGAAGUGGCCGGACGGGUUGUGUAAAGUGUUUGUAGGAGCCGCCGAGUGUUACAAGGAUCACGUCGAAGUCCCCACCUGUCUGGACGAUCCACAGAACUUGACUUACUACUGCCAGGUUAACUUGGUCGCUGAGGAACUGGCAGUGAAUGAAAAAUUGAUGCAGGACUCCGAUCAGAAGUCGAAGCAUGAUUUAAAUGUAAUAUCGGCUAUCGAUAUGAUAGUAACUUCGAAGCCACAUCUGUUCUCCAAUCCGAGCUGCUUGGAAAUGAUAUUGCGGUCGCUGUGGGUCAAAUUUCACGUGCAUUUAUUUUUAAAUAAGUCCGAGGACAUGGCGUUGGAGACUGGAUACGAUCUCCUCGAUGAAUUCGACGCUAUGGGAGAGUUCGCUGAAACUUAUAGUCUCAACGUAACAAAUUUUAAAUUUAAAAGCGAAAUUAGCAGAAAACAUAUUUUAUCACUCGUACACAUGAUGGAGAGGAAUAAAAAGCUUUUAUCCGUCAUGGAGUUGUAUAACCAGGGUAAUUAUGAUCAAGUGAUUGCCAUUAUAACUGAAUCCUUCGACGAAUGCAAGACUAUUGCUAUGGAAAGAAAAAUUAAGUUGCCUUUGGAUUUUCCGAUUCAGCUUACACUGAUUCUGGAGAGUUAUUGGGCCUCUGACGACGUUCAUAACUGUUUAAAGUGGUCAUUCAUCAGUCUGCACGAAUCACUGGAACAUUAUUUUGAUACCAGGUCAGGUACUGAUUACGAAAUGUGGACACUGGUCGUCAUCAAAAUGUUGACCUGCAUCCAGCAUAUACUACUUACGGAAGGAAUAUUGUGUCUGGACUCAGUCGGUUCGAAGGAGCUUAGCGAGGGAGUCAAAGAUUUAAUACGGAUAAUCGGGCAUCAGGUCGAGACGAAGAGUUCUGAAAUGCCAUUCAAUACCUUCUCACCGUGGAUUAUAUUGCAUUACAUCUUGCAGCGAGAGGAGGAUCGUGGUAGGGGACGAUCGGUCACGGAACAGGACUCCGUAUCCUGUAAUGGUAUUCCGUACCCAUUGAUGUUACUGUUCAUAGCUCAUGAUAACUUAGGCGAAAGGAAUUGGUGUUGUAAUUCUGAUGGCGAAUUCUUAUAUUUUAUUCUCGAUACAGUUGCGCCGUGUCUGCGGUCUCCGUUGCUGUCUAACUGCUAUCAAAAUAUUUGUCAAUAUAUGGAACAGGUGGUUCUGUGUCUGUACGCACAUCCGAACAAAAUCACCAAUAAAAUGAAACACCUCAGGGAUCACAAGGCUGCGCCUAAAGUUCUUAAUUGGAAAAGAGCGGAGCAGAUUUAUGAUAUUUUCAGACCUGUUAAUAUACCCGCGAUCGAAGGGAUCAAUCCGGAGAUAUCCAUGGAGACUGAGGCGCUGUUCCAGAGAAUUUUAUCACUCCUUCCAGCUGAAUGCGAUCCAUCUAAAUAUAUUACAGAAAUAGAUAAAUAUAUAAAGGGCAUUGAUGAAAAGCUUACACCGAUAUCACCAAACUUCCCUUAUAAAAUAAGAGAUAUCUAUUUAUAUUUAAGUGAUUAUUACUUUAAAAGGGAGGAUCAACAGAAAGCUAUUAAAUACAGUAUGUUGGAUAUAACUCUGAAUAACGAUCGUUUCAACUCCUGGGCUCUGCUGUCGCUCUCGAAGGUUUUCUUCUUAGAUAGGUCCUUAAACCUGUACAAAAAACUAAACAAUGAAAGGGAUUAUCUGAUUCCCGCAAAGUCGGCGAUUCGAUGUUUCAAACGAGCGCUAGAACUCAAUCCUAGAAAUUAUACCGUCUGGUUAGAAUUUGGAAAUUUCGUGUAUAAUGUACAUUCGUAUUGUUCGAGACUUCUGAAACAAGACAGCGAAUCGCUAAGUAUGGAAGAGUUUGCGGCACUUGAACGGCAGAAAGAGGAUCUAUUGGACGAAAGUUAUAAAUGCUAUACAACAGUUCUGUACGCCCCGGAGGAUACAGAUUUGACUGAAGAUUCGUGGCCACUGUUUUACAUGUUGGGUAAAGUUGCAGAGAAGAGAAAUAAGCCUCCGUCUGUUUAUCUGGAUUUUUACAUGCAAGGCAUCAAGAAACUACACGACGCCAAAGCUUCUUAUCCAUCGAAAAUUAAUUACAAAUCACCGCCCAAUCUGUCGAUAAAAGUUUUGGAGUUACAUUACAGAAUGCACGCGUCCAUCCUGAAAUACAUCGAACAACACGAAAACAAACCCAUACCCGCCUCUGUGGGCGAAGUAUUCUUAAAUUGCAUUGAGAAAUGGCUUCAAGGGCCCUUUGUUAAGAAACCAAAAGAUAAUAACGCUACAAUGACAUCUACAUCAAUAAGGAAUGAGGCUGAAAUGGCAAAGAAGUAUGAAGAACCGCAUGCUGCCAAUAUUCUUAAGAGGUCAAUUAGUGACGCUGGUGAAGAGGAUACACAAGAAGUCAAACGUUUGAAAAUAGAAGCUGCAGCGGCUAAAAUAAGACGAUCGGCCUCUUACGAUACUGAACGUAUUGGAAUAACGGAGGCUUCGAAGCCAACGUCGCCUGAUAAAGAAAAUAAAGACGAUGAUAAAAUAGUAACAGUUCCAGAGAAACAACCAGAGUCCCAAGAGAUUGUUGGCAAGCAAGAUGCACCUGCGGAAGUUAUACCGGAGAAGGAAAAAGAGAGCGUCGACUACAAAAAAGAGGAAAGCUCCAGCUCUUCCUCGUCCACUUCUUCAUCGGACUCGAACUCUAGCGACUCGUCGUCGAGCAGCAGCGACAGUAGUAGUGACACUUCUAGCAAGGCCUCCGAGGAGAACAGACAAUUAUCAGACGAAGAAAUAAUGAAGAUCGUUUCAGCAUGCCUUAACGCUCUGGAAGAUUGUGCCAUUCGAUAUCAACCGAAUUAUAAAGCUAUCUACAGACUAGCCCACUAUCAUUUUUAUUAUAAAAAAGGACGAGACAUCGAAAGAUGUAGGGACUUGAUGCUUUCAACGUUAACAUCACGGUCCGGUCAGAAAAUGUGUGGACUGUUCAGCGAGAAGAAAACAAAUAACUUCUUCAAUAACAUUUGGAAAUUUCCGGGCACCGACAUCGAAAGAGCGGGGGGUUUUGCUUUUCAUAUGAACCGUUGUGUGUUACUAACCUUGGAGAUAUUCAAAGAGAUUGAUGAUCACAAAACUCUAUUGGAUCUGAGCCUACAUUUACAAAUAGAACCAGAUCUGGAAAAGAAGUACUUAAGAGAUUCCGACAGGGAAGAUUUAGCACAGCAAGCUUUUUCUCUUUGUAUCCAGUUACUAAAGGGACAGCUGUUAAGAUUCAGCCAGCAAAGUGAUUUGAAAACUAACGAGGUGGAGAGACACGCUUUAAAGAGCUUCAUGGCAGAUAUUUAUAAGGCUUAUCUGAAAGUACAGAAAACUCCGAACGCGAAACAUCUGACCACACUACUCGCAGAUGCUUACAAAUUGAUUAGCACGAGCACUGUUUCUGAAACCGUCAACUUAGUUGACCUCAGCAUUAAAUACUGUCAGUCGCUCAACCAAACCCACAAGCAGCAACCCAUUAUAAAUAUUGAAAAAAGUCAAAGCUUACCGAAGAAACAAAGCUCUAAAUUUCAGUCUUCGUCCAACAGUUCUGUUGCUAAAGCACCGGUUACAGCUGGCCAAUCGAAGGCCGAGUCCAAGUCCAACACGCCGAAUAUUAGUACAAGUACUGGUCUACCAAAAAUUUCAGCUCAGGAAAUGGCGGCAGCUUUCCAAAGUUACGUUCCGAUGCUCAACGACAUUUCUCCACAGGCCGUUGCGGCUUUGUCAUUGACAUACUUGAGCAACAUCAGCGCGCUGGCGGGGCUGGCGAAUCCAAUGCAGGCUUCUCGCCAGACGUCAUUACAGAAUUCAUAUCAAGCGGAGUACUAUCGCCAGUAUUUCGAGUCUAGUUUUCCUGGUUUCAACCUGCCCCAGCAGCAGAAGAAGCCCAAGCGCGGCCGACCGGUAGGUUCGACGUCUUCGAAUAUAAUGAAAUCUAAAUCAUUUUCGAAUUCCAUGAGCUCUAUUGUGCGCGCGGCUCCUUCGGCGUCCACCAGGUCACCAUCUAUGACAUCGGUGAGCAAAACUUCGCCGUUCCCCAAAGCCGCUCCCACCUCCGUGAUCACCAGCGUUCACAAGUCUACAUCCAGUUCUCUGACUCCCAGUAUGGGCACCGUCCUCUCGUCGUUGCCUGCAUCCAUGACGGCGAAUUUGUCUUCAUUUGGCUCGCACGGACACAACUCAGGUCAUCAAUCGCACAUAUCCUCUUCCUCCGCCAGCUCCAAAUCCCACCCGCAAGCCAGUCCGGGUAAAACGCUGCAAGAGAAAUUAGCGGAAAGACAGAAAAACAUUCCAUCGCUGCCGAAAACGUCCCAAGAAAUAAAAGCCUCGUUGAACCGACUGCCGUCAUCGCUGACCAUAACCAAGACCUCCGUCUCCAAGAACCAGCAGGCAAAGAAACCUGAAGCCAAGAAAACGCUCUCCUUCAGCGAGACCGAACCGAGACCGAAGCCGAUCUCAAGCGAUGAAGUAAUUGUACUGGACGACGAUUAACAAAGGAAUUACCAACACUAACCGCUGAUGAGCUACGCGGAGUGUCUCACACAGCAAAAACACUAAUUUAGCAUAAUGAUUUUAUUAUAAAUACAGAUUAUUUACAUUGGAACAGUUACAAACAACGUUCAUACACGAUAAUGAUGAUCGUCACAUGACUAAGAGUGUCUCGCUUCAUAGAAAUGGAUGAGUUGCACGCUGAGGUUGUAGUCGGCGAACAAGGUGCACACGUACAUGAGGAACAGUAUCGGCAGAGGGAACAGGAAUGCCCUGGCGUUCUUCAGCAUCGGUACAUCUGGAAGGCAGAAUAUUAGCUGUCAGACUGGAACCGAGUCAACAAAAAACAUUCAUUUAUAAGAUUUUGAAUAAAACAUGAAAAAUUACAAAGUACUAAAUUUGUUAUUUUUAAAUAACGCCUCUACAUCGGCGGGAAAUUCAUUUUCUGGACAAAUGUUUUAUAAAAGUCUAGCUUAACGCUAAGAAAAUUUGUCGACCAGCUGACUUAAGGAAAAAUUUAACGGUUCCUUGCAAAAAACUCUUUUGUUAGGAUAAUUUAAAUAUUUUAUAUAGCAUGUAAUUUUCUUUGACAUUUUCGACAACACCGAGAUGCCAUUUUGAGAAACGCUGUACAUUACUAAGUCAAACUGGUUUGUAAAUUUAAGACAUGUCCGAAUAUCUUUGUCAUAUAUUUCAUAAACAAUAAUGAGCGCUCACUGCUGUAGCCGAGGAAGGUGAUGUACAGGUAGUAGAAGACAGACACCAGCCAGAAGGUGUUGGACAGGAAACAGGAUACGAAGCCGUCAUGUUUUAAUAUUUCUGGGAAACAGAUUAAAAACAUUAAAAAAAAUACUUGUAUAUCUUUACUAGAAUUAUAAAAAACUAUCUGCACAUAUUGCUUCAUACAGCAAUGUUGCUUUAGAUUCACACACGGUAGUCUGAUUAAAUCACUAAAUGACAUAUAAUUUGAAGAACCUAUCUUAUAUAAAAUCCUAUUGUAUGUAAAUAUAAUGGCAUAUGAAAAAGCCAUUAUGUUAUAGCAGGCUUUAAUUCCUCACAAAAUUUCAAAAUAGGUACGAAGAGGAACUACUGUUCCUAUGUGGUAAUACUAAGUAGUAUCUUACGAUUAAAUAAUAGUAUCUGGAAGCAAUGCAACAGCGAUAGAGGAGGGAAGAAGGCGUUGAUGUGGACGUCGAAGGCGUAGCCCCACUCCACGUCCCCGCCACCCGGGAGACAGAGGUACUUGUUGC